GAGCAACAUCUUUUUUUUAUUUGAACUUCUAAGCAAAAAAUGACUUAAUAAGCAUUUAAGAGAGUUGUGGGCAUUUGCUCUAACUUUUCAACAAAAUGAAAAUCACCUCAAUAUCAUUUCUAUAAAAUACACCUAUCUAUUCUUUCAUGCCCAUACCUUUUGUCAAAACAAAACGAACAUCCAGGUCUAUAAAAUGGAAUCAAAGUCUGAUCGAGCUGAUGACAAAAAACGCCAACCAAUCUCCAUGUUCCCUGAUCUCAACGGCGUCUUCUCCUCCCUCCUCCAAACAGAUGGAGAAGAUGCCGGUUACAUCUCCAUAUGCGGCUACGGUUCUCUCCUCUCCGAGAGAAGUGCCAGAGCCACAUUCCCCAACCUUACUAACUUCAGAAUCGCCAGAUUAACCGGCUUCCGCCGCCUCUUCUCCGCCGUUGGAGCCUUUUUCUUCACUCAAGGCAUCGCAAACCUCAAAACAGAGGAAAUUGCUGGCCUCUCAGCUGAGCCUUGUGAAGGUGAAGUUAUUGUAGUCACGGUUUUUGAUAUUAAAAAAACAGAGAUUCCAGCAUUUAUCAAAAGGGAGCGCGAAUAUCGGUUUGUAGCUGUUGUCCCUGAAUCACUAGAUGGGAAGCCCUUUACCAAUCCAGCAGUCCUUUGUACUUCUUACACCGAUGAAGAAUUCUUUAAAUUCAGAUGCAUUGAGGGCAGGGAAAUAUAUUUUGAACAAUAUGGAGAGUAUGAGAUCCAUAAGAUUUGGCGUGAUGAUGUUUUACCGUGCCGUGUUUAUCUUCGUCAUUGUAGCUUAUAUCUGCAGUCUCUCAUUUGGUAGUCACAACAUAAAAAUGAGAAGCCAAUGUUGUGGCAGAUACCUUAGUGGUGCAAGGUUUAGAGAAGCCAUUCCUUUGAAGAAGCCAAUGAUAUGGACAUGAUCAAUUCAUUUGAGACCUCAACAUUAUCAAGAAGUAGGAAGUUUAAACUUGAAAGAGUUAUCUGAGUAGAAACAAAACAAAUCAUGCCAAAGCACGGUUCAGGAGCACAUUUCAGUGAAGAUAAGUUAAACGUUUUCAGCACCAACUUAAUAGUCAAUAACACCUCACUAAUUAGCUUCAACAUGUUAGAAUCCCAUCAUAUAGAAGCAUUCAUCUUCUACGAAGAAUACUGUCAAUGUCAUGAUAGGAAUGCAGGCGUGGAGUUUUCUUUAGUGUGAAUAGAGAAAAAGCAGAGCAGAGGGUUAAAUACAAUCAUGUAACAAAGUCAUUGGCAGCAUUAAGUAAAUUAUACAAGGUCCCACAUCGCACAAGUCAAGAAAGGUUUCACUGAGGUUUCCUGCUUCUCGUGGCAUCUUCAGCUUCUUGUUUUAUUUAUCAUCAGUGAAAAACUGUGGAAAGGAAGAGAGAGUUGAGAUGGAAAAGAUUAAGGGGAAAGGAUUGUGAGAUAAACAGAGUAGGAGUAGGAAAAUAAAAAAUGUUGAAGGUGGAUAUGAUUUUUGUGUGUUUUGGUCCCACAUAGGAGAGUUUUCAAAAAUAAGGAAUGGAGAGUGGAGUAAAUUUCUGGGUAUGUGUGGAUUAUAAAUCCCACAUCGGGAAGUAAGGAAAUAGUUUUGCCCAUCCUUCCCCAUAAAAGGAGGUAUGGUUCCGCAUUAAGGUUAUGUUUGGUUGGAGUGACGGAAUUGGGGAAGAAAAGAAAACACAAAACUGAGGAAUGAAUUUAGAUUAAGGUGUUAUCCUAAUUCAUUUUAAAUUUUGUUUCAAAGAGUAUUAUGAUAGUUUGCUUGGAAAAUAGCCGGAGGUUUGCACAUAUUUCUAGGCUAUGUUCCCCUGUAAACUCUACCCAAAGUUUAACUUCCACAAAAAUCCUGGGCUAAUAAUUUUGUGAUGGCCAGAGCAUUACUACACAGUUCAGAGAAGUAACUGUUGCGCUUAGUAAGAGAAGGAUUGGAAUAAUCCUUAUUGCCAUCAUAAAUGAACACCUCCUUGAAGCCAUCCUCACAUGUUUCUGCAUCUGACAUAGCAGCAGACACCAAUGUAUCUACCUUGUCAUAAUCUCCUUCUGCAAGUGCUUCUGCUGAGUCCUGCAAAUUCUCUCUGGCUUCUUUGUAUUCCUCUAUGCAAUCACUUAAGCAACGAGACAUGUAACUGUUGUUGUUGGUGACAUUAUCAGUAGAAGAUUUCAGCUCACACACAUAUGACAAUGUCUUUGCAGCAUAAUUUGAGCUCAGAUUUUUGAGAUCUGAACUUUUGCUACUAGGAACUGAUCUUAAGGAAGAUACACACACUUUGAAAUGAAGAGUGUGCUUGCAAGAAUGGACUCUGUCAUUUAUUUGAUUACAUUGCCAAAUUUAAAUGUGUUUUAAUAAUAGAAAUAGUAAGUUUCAAAAGAAAUAAGUUAAGUUGGGACCUCAACAUCACAAGAAGUAGUAACAAAAUUCAACAUGCCGAAGUACGAUUCAGGGGCAGAUUCCAGUAAAGAUAACUUGAACGUUUUCAGCACCAAUUCAAAAGUAAAUAACACCUCAUUAAUUUGCUUCCACAUGGUAGAAUCAAAUCAUAAAGAAGCAUUCAUCUUCUAUGAAGAAUACUGUCAUUGUCAUGAUAGGAAUGCAGGUUGGAGUCUUCUUUGGAGUGAAUAGAGAAAAAGGCAGAGGAGAGUGGAACUACACGGGCUUUCAAACUAAUCUAAACACAAUCAUGUAACAAAGUCACCACACCAGCAUAUACAAUGUCCCACAUCGCGCAAGUAAAGAAAGGUUUCACUGAAAGACAUCUUCUGAAGCUUGUUUAUUAGUAAUCAUCAGAGUCGUGCAGACUGAGCAUGGAACCUACAACCUCAUAUUUUGAGUGAAAAGUCAUGGACUGUGUGGAAAGGAAGAGAGAAUUGAGAAGGAAAAGAAAAGGGAAAGUGAUUGUGAGAUGGAUAGAGUAGAAGUAUUGAAGGUGGGUUUUGCUAUCCAUCACAGUUUCUUAUGUACGAGUCCCACAUAGGAGAGUUUACAAAAAUAAGUAAUGGGAAGUGGUUAUAAAUAGAGUAAGAUAGGCAUUUAUAAAUUUAACCUGUCCUGUCAGGGGUGAAAGGCGACACGUCAAUGAUCGUAUAGAGACGGCGGGUCGUGCCAACACCUGUUAUUAUGAACACACUUUACAGACGAGUGAGACCCGCCCUACUUUGGUUUGGGGCUCGCCCGUCAAUUUUUGGAAGCUUCUCCUCCCAGGAGAGGCUAUAUCAAUUUUUUCCAAAUUUUUCUUUGGCUUAAUCGCACUUUUUUCCAAAUUUUUCUUUGACUUAAUUGCACUUUUGGUCUCCACAAAAGCAAUAUGUGCAAUUGGCUUUGGCUUAAUCACACUUUUGGUCUCCACGAAAGCAAUAUGUUCAAUUGGCGUCCCUAAACUUCAAAAAUUUGGUCCCCUUACUAUUUUCCGUUAGACAAAAAAAUUAUUAAAAAGAUAAAUAAGAACCCAGAAAAUUCAUCUUCUUCAUUUUCUCUACCAUUAAACCACAAAACCCAGAAAAAUUAAAAACCUAAGGAUCCAUAACCUUCCAUCUUUCUUCAUCUUCCAAAUUCAUCAUCUCCAAGCUUCAGCAAGAACACCAUAACACUCAAAAUCCAUAUCCAUAGCUGAAAACCCCAUUCAUCAGAAAAUACCCACCACACCAAAACCCAUAUCCACGGUUCUUCACAGGGCGCCACCACCCGCAAUUUGAUAUAUGAAAGUCAUAGAUCGGAAGAGUGGGUUAUGGGUCUCGCAGAUCCGAUGAUGGUGAGGAAGUCACAGAUCUGAGCAUGGAAGGGGGAAGGUUCUGGAAACUGUGGCGUAGAUACAUGACAGGCUCUGGAAACUGGAAGAGAAGGGUUUUGAGUUGGGUACGACUCAUAAUCGUCUUUGAAUAUCCAAUUUGCUUUUAUCAAGAUUAAAUUAGGUUGCGCUUUGUUGAAACUGGUUUUGGAUUAAUCCUUUGAUGCUGCGGGAUUAUAAUAUGAGGUGGGAGCAGGUUCAGUCCUAUUCUUACUUGCUGGAAGCUCUGUACUAUUGGGAAAAGUGGCUUAGAUUGUAGUUCAUAUCCAUAAUACUAUCUUCCAUUCUUUUCGUUUGAAAUGUACCCUGUUUGGAACUUGUUGUAUUUAUUGGGUGGGUACCCUAUGUACCAAAUUAAUAAAUUUUCUUUAAAAAAAUUGGGUUUCUGGUUUGGGGAUUUUUUUGGGGGUAAUGAUAUAUACACACCUCUUUUUUUAUACACUUCAUUUCCAUAUAUUUUUAUUUCUAUCUCUCUCCUCUUAUCAUCUAUCACAUCUUAUACUUUCUCACUCUUACUUUUUCUUUUCUUCCUAUCUCUCUCUUCCUCCACCUCAUUCCACCUCAAAAUGAGGUGUGAAUAAAUAAUUAUUGUUUUUUGGGUGGUUGUUUGCUCAGUAUAUUGUUUAUGAAAAUGAGAAGAUAUGAUAGAAGAAUGAUGAAGAUUUUGAAGGUAGAGAAAGAAGGUGAAGAAAUAUGGAAAAAAAAUUGAGAUUUUUUUUUUUGAAUUUGAAGAACUUGAAUUUUAUAGAGAUGAGGUAUAUGGUGUUCUUAGUGAAGCUUGGAGAUGAUAAAAUUGGGAAGAUGAAAAAAGAUGGAAGGUUGUUGAGUUUUUUUUUUGAAGAAUAUGAUGAAGAUAGGAUGUAUGAAGAAGAUGAAGAAGUGGAUGAAUUUUUCUGGAAAAUCCAGAAAACGUUAAUUUUUGGAUGGAAAAGUGAGGAGGGACCAAAAGUGUUAACGGAGGUUAACGUCGGGGAGGCAAAAUGAGAUUUUUAAAGUUUAGGAAUGCCGAUGGCAUAUAAUCCUUUCGUGGGGGACCAAAAGUGCAAUAAAGCCUUUUUCUUUCGACCUUGUGGGCUGUUUUUUAAAGAAGUUGAACUUUUGGGCUUCACGGCCCAAAUCACUAAGAAGUAGUAUAUACUACCAAAAUGACUAGAGGAAGAACAAAAAUGAUGGUUGAUAGAGUAAAUUAUAAACGGGUAAAAAUUAAUGUAGGAAGACAAUAUGUGUAAACAAAGGUAAGAAAUGUAAGUACAAAUUUGAUUAUCAUGAUUUUAAUGUGUGUUGAUUUUAGGGAGAGUUUCUGCUAGCUAUAAAUCUAUAAUGAUUAAAAGGUUUGCUAACAACAAACAUCCGUCUCAUUUUAACGCUUUCACUUAAGAUCAUGGUAUGAUUCCUACCUCUUACUCCUAAUUAGCUUGGAGAAUUGGUAUUCUUUGAGUAUCGGUUGGUUUUAUGUUGUAACAAUUAUUCCUAUUAUUAAAGUUUAAUCUCAUUUCCAACAUGUCAAACCCUAGAUUUUGACUAAAUAUUUUGAAAUAUGUUCCCUUAUAAACCUAAGUUUUUUGGGUACAUUAUUAGAAAGAUAAAUUGCACCAUCUAGAUACUAAUGAACUUAUGUUCCCUUAUAAACUUGAACUAUUAUUCAGGGACUAAUGAACUUAAGUUUGAUUAUUAGUUCAAAAAUUCAUUUCAAAUGCAAAAUGACUUGUUGUCGAUUGUCUUAUAUACACAUUUAUCUAAUGAGAUUAAAAAAUUCAUAUAUAAUUAGAGAAUUAUUAAAUAUUAAAUAUCAAUAUUCGCACACGCCCCAUUAAUAACGAAGUAGAUAAAGAAUUCAUUUAUUAAAUGCAAAAUAUACGUUGAGUAAUUAUAUCUAUCACGGGUUUUUAUCCAUAAAUAUCCGCAUGAAAUGUGAAAAUAUUUUUUAAAUCUUGUCAUCUUUUUAAGUAAAUCUUGUGAUUUGAGCAAGAAAUCUUUUUUUGUGUAACAUUGUUUACAAUAAAUCUUUUUUAAGGUGUUUAAAAUAAAUCAAUAAUAAUGCACCGCCUUGACAAAAAAAAAAAAAAAAAAAAACGUAUCGUGGAUAAAACGACAUCGCCCCUCUGUUCCCUAUAAAACCCUAAUUUGAUCUUCCAAUUCGAGCGAGCAAGAGACAUUGUACUGUGAGAGAAUCAUCUGAGAAAGAGCAAUGAGGCCAAUGGACUUGUUCGGUGAGAUGGAGGAGCAGGUGUCAUCGACGAUGGCGAUGGACGUUGACGACGUCGACCCUCUGGAGAUCUUCGCCGAGGGCGUUAUCUCCGCCGAUCACAAACUCGCCGAUGCCGAUUUCUUCAACUCCUUCCAAGACGAUUUCGAUGACGCUGAUAUCAACUAGUCACGUUCAACUUCCCCCCUUUCCGGGUUUAGGGUAUCGCUCUUCUGUGAUUUUCGGAUUAUGAAUGAAUGAAUAAACAAAAAAGAUUGUGUACCUUUGAAUAUUAAUAUGAUGGUGAUACCUCUUUUUAA